AUGCUGCUGUGGUUGUGCAAGAGGAAAUGUGAGCAAAAUAGAAAGCGAGAAAGGAGGGCAGUGGGGAGAGAAGAGGAGGGUGGGGGGAAGGAAGGAGAGGGAUCAGUGACAAGUCCUAAGCAGGGUUUUUGCACAUCUGUCCUUCCAGUGUGGCGCUUCGUCCGAACCCGAACCAUGGCCCAAACCCAAAGGAAGGGAGGAGGAGGAGGCUUCAAAAAAUUCUUUAAGUUUAAAGGCCUUGGGAGCCUCUCCAGCCUUCCUCGGGCUUUCAAUUUCCGCCGCGUCUCCGUUGCCCCCAGUGCGCCAGAGACCUGCAGAGGGGGACCUCUUUCCUCGAACGGUUUCCUGGUGCCCACCUUUGAAAACACACAGGAUGACCUCAACGGCAUGCCCAAAAGUCCCUCUCCUUACGCCCGCUCCUGUGACAUGUACAGCCACAUGGGGACCAUGCCAAGGGCAAAGCAGGCUGGGAGGAAGGCCAAGGACAAAGCCAAAAGGACAAAGGAAGAGGAGGUUCGGGAUAUUGUCCUGUCGCCGGCUGCUGUGGAACCGAGUGCUUCAGCUCUAGCGCCAGCCUCCCAAAAUGAGGAAAGAGAGCUGAGUGAGGGGACGAUGUUACCCCCUAAAGUCGACCCAAUCCCAGCCUGUUCCCAAACUCUGGAGCCUUCCAUCAGCAACAUUGCUUCCGAACAUUUACCUGAGUCUGAACAGACUUCUAUAGGACCUUUAGAAAUACCAAAGAGGAAUAAGUGGGAUCCUCUUCCAGCCUUGGAGAAGCCCGCCAUUGGGAGCAUGCAGGAUGACCUGAAUGCCGUACCCAAAAGCCCGUCGUCAGCAUACGCCCGCUCAUGCGACAUGUACAGCCAUAUGGGGACCUUGCCCAGAGCCAAAUCUGGGCAGCCUGGCAAAGAAGCCAAAGAGAAAGCGACGAGGCCAAAGCCAGAUUCUACGCUGUCUGUUGGGACAACGAUUCACGGAUGCAUCCUUGAUACGGUUGAUUCUGGAGAGAAAGUGGCUGAAGAGAAGGCCAUUCAGGUGCAGAUAGAUGGAAGGCACCAGGAUGGACUGGGAUCUUGCAGCGAAUACGUAAAGUUCUCCAAGGAGAAGUACAUCCUCGAUUCAUCCCCAGAGAAGCUUCACAAGGAACUGGAAGAAGAGCUGAAACUCAGCAGCACCGAUCUCCGGAGCCACGCCUGGUACCACGGGCGCAUCCCACGAGAGGUUUCUGAGAGUCUAGUGCAGAGAAAUGGGGACUUUUUGAUCCGUGACUCCCUCACCAGCCUGGGGGAUUAUGUGCUCACGUGCCGCUGGCGGAACGAAGCCCUCCACUUCAAGAUCAACAAGGUGAUGGUCAAGUCCAGCGAAGGCCGCACUCACAUCCAGUACCUCUUUGAGCAGGAAAGCUUUGACAAUGUCCCGGCCUUGGUGCGCUUCUAUGUGGGCAACCGCAAGCCAGUCUCGGAGCAGAGCGGGGCCAUCUUCUACUGCCCCAUCAACCGUACCUUCCCCCUGCGCUAUUUGGAGGCCAGCUAUGGACUUGCCAAUGGGAAGCACAGCAGCUCACAUGGCCACAACAACCAGAAAGGGGGACACAUCAAACGGAGGAGCAUCACCAUGACCGACGGACUGACUGCUGACAAGAUCAUCAGGGGCGAGGGCUGCCCAACCAGCGUCUCCUUGCCGCAUCACCGGGACAUCAUCCGGAACUGUGCAGUCAGCGUGGAUCAAAUUCAAGACCUCCACUCCUCAAUGUCUCCCAUCUCCGAGACUCCCGCAACUCCAGCCUACAGCACUGUUUCUCGGCUAAAACCCCACGGGGGUCAGGCCAGCAACGGCGCAGCCCCAUCGUCCCCAGUCAUCAGGCGUUCUAGUGAGCCCCAACUGUGCCAAGGGAACGGGAGCAAAGGUGACCCCUCCGACAGCAGCCGCUCAACCCCGUCCCACGGAUACUCCCAGGCGUCUCCCUCUCCCUCGGUCAGCAGUUACAGCGAUCCAGACACAGGACAUUACUGCCAGCUCCACCCGCCCUCCCCAGUUCAGUGGGACAGGCCCCCAGCGGCAGAUGGCAAACCAGUGUCUGCCAAGAGCUACGUUGAGAGGCUAAAGGGAGACGAGACCCAACGAGGCCUUGGACUGAACGGCUCCGAGGCCGAGGCCGGACCCUGGAGAAGGCCAGAUCAGGACGCUGCGGGCUUUGUGGUUCCUGUAGUGGAAAGGACCUCUUCUUUCAACCCAGCCGUCUUCCACUCCCUCCUCAUCCCCCUGGAAAACAAGCCCUUGGAAAUGGCAGUACUGAAAAAGGUUAAGGAACUCCUGGCUGAAGUCGACGCCAAAACUCUUGCCAAACAUAUCACCCAAGUGGAUUGCCUGGUUGCUAGGAUACUGGGCGUUACCAAGGAGACGCAGAGGCUCAUGGGAGUCAGCUCCGGGAUGGAGCUGCUCACCCUGCCCCACGGACAUCAACUCCGGAUGGAUCUGCUGGAAAGGUUUCAUACGAUGACCAUCAUGAUCGCAGUGGAUAUUCUGGGCUGCACAGGGAGCAUGGAGGAGCGGGCCUCCCUUCUCCACAAGACCAUCCAACUGGCCGCUGAGCUGAAGAGUACCAUGGGCAACAUGUUCAGUUUUGCUGCUGUCAUGAAUGCACUGGAAAUGACCCAGAUCUCACGGCUGGAGCAGACAUGGAUGGUCCUGCGCCAACGCCAUACGGAGGGCGCCAUCCUCUACGAGAAGAAACUAAAGCCUUUCCUGAAGAGCUUGAACGAAGGCAAUGAAGGGCCUCCGUUGACCAAUACUACCUUCCCUCACAUCGUGCCUCUCAUCACCCUCCUGGAGCGAGACACGGCCCUUCCGGACAAUCCGGAGCCCUGGGAAAACUUGGACAACAGCGUGGAGGUAGUCAUGGCCCACUUGGAAGCAGCACGGAUGGUGGCCCAUCAUGGAGGACUGUACCACACCAACGCGGAAAUGAAGCUGCAAGGUUUCCAGCCCCAACCGGAGCUGCUGGAGGUCUUCCACACCGAGUUCCAGCUGCGCCUUUUGUGGGGCAGCCGGGGGGCCGAGAGCAGCCAGAGCGAGCGCUACGAGCGGUUCAACAAGGUCCUCACUGCGCUCUCCCACAAACUGGAGCCCUCCGUGCGCUCGAGUGAACUGUAGCCCCACAACGCAGACUUGUGAACUAAACCAGCAAGGGAAGCGCGGGCCACAGCAAACCACCUGCGCCUUUUGGGGACGUUGCUUGUGGGGUGGAAUGGAGCCCAUGGUGGACAAGGAGAAUUUCCCAUGUCGCAGGUUCUGUCUGUGAAAAGGCAGCUAAGAACGAAGGAGCCGAGACAGAAGAUGGACAGAAUAAAGAGACUUUUUCUUACAGCAUGAGAUACUGACAAUCAAUGUAAACCAUAGGAUGGGUUGGCUUUCCUCCUGGCAAGGCUCCUCCUCGCUACCACCAUCUUUGCAAGCAUUAUACAGCGAUGCAUUGCUGAGCUGGGUUGGAUAGCUGCCCUUUCUUGGGCAACCGCAUCCCAGGCCCAUAGCAUGGUGCAAAAACUCCCCAUCGAUGUAACAAGAAGUUUGUUCGGAUCUGGGCAUAACCAACCUUGAGGCCUCACAACUGCAUUCUAGACAAAUUGUCUCUAUUUGCUGUUUUGUUGAUAGGCAUCAUCUGCACAGCCAAUCCUUUAUUGUUAUUGUUGUGUGCCUUCAAGUCGUUUUGUAAGGUGGACCUAUCCUGGGGUUUUCUUGGCAAGAUUUGUUCAGCGUUUGCCAUUGCCUUCCCCUGAGCCACUGGGUUUCAUGGCCAAACUGGGAAUCAAACCCCGGUCUCCAAACCCUGGUCUCCAGAGACCGAGUCCAACACUUUUUGAUUUGUCCUCCAUCAUUAAAUAUAGAAAGGUGUGUUUCCACAUGGAUGGCUCUCAGUGCUGCCAAAAAACAUCCCAGUACAUUGUAUAUUCCUUUUUCACGCCUUAAUGGCACGACAAUUACACAAUAAAAGCCUUAUGGCGAAGCAUUCGCAUCCAGUAAUUCCUGCUAUGAAUGUUUCGGGUCAAAAGGAGCUGAGUUCACACGUUCUUCAUUGACACAACCUCAGGUGCUUCGAAUCCAAGACGGUCGACAUGCUCUUUGCCAAAUCACAUUCUCUUUGCCUAGCUGAAGGGCCUAAUUUAUAUCUAACAGGAGCAUAUAUAGCUGUCACUUCCCCACAUCCGCCCCACAACUUCCCCAAAGCUUUAGGCAAAAACAACUAGCAAUGCAGCCUCCCUACACUGAGCAUCAUGCGUAAUGUGUGCUUAGAUCCUGCAAAACAUGCCUCUCUCCUCCAGGGCUGGAUCUAUGCCCAGAACCCAUCAUCCCCAUCUUUGCAUUCGCAAAAAUAAAUACUUAAUCUUCCCAAAGUUGUCUUUUUACUUGGUUCUGCUUCUCCUUCAGGUCAAUUGGUUUCUUGUUUUGAGCCUAUUCUGCUUGUAAAUAAAACUACUGAAGUGUGUAUAUAGAAGUAUAUAUUCACAUAUACAUGUGUAUAUAUAAAUAUAUAUAUGCACACAUGUACUCAAAAGGGAAUUCUUUGUAAAUGAGGACCUCAUUCUUCUUCUUUUGUGUGUAAAUUAAUGUACAUAGACCAUGGAGUGUCUUUUCUUGAUUACGGCAUACAAUAAAGAAACACUUUUAUG